UCUUGGCAGGGAAAGAGACGUGCCAUCAACUACUCAACUAACACUUCGCGGGACAGUUUUUCAUAGCGUUUUCUUUUUGCAACAAAGUUCAAAUCAUAUGAAUACUUCUGAACCGUAUGAUUUUUUUGUGGAAUAUCAUUUCGCUGAUGUAAAGAACAAAAUCCUGUGGAAUAAUUUGCCUCCGGAGUUUAUGCAGAUCCUCACUAAACGCUACAGUUCACAGGAGUGAUUACCCAAAGGCUCCAGAUGUGAUCUAAUUGCAGUGAAUGGCCUAAAAGGAAACAAAAUGGCUAAAAUCUGCACUGAACAAUCGUACCCUUCACAAAGAUCCGCCUUCACUCCUGAACCAGCUCUCGAAUGCAUCGAGAGAGGGGAAAGUGAUCAGCCACCCUAUGGACUAAUGGGCAGGAUGUCCCAGUUCAUGCUGAGGUUUGGAGGAAGAUCCAAUAAAUGUAAAGUCGCAGAAUGCAGUAAUUCAGUUAUGGUAACAGAAGAGUCUGAAGACAUAGCAGGACAAAUGGAUGCAUCAUACGACAACAGAGAACAAGAACUGUGCAAUUGGAAUUUCAACAACAAUGCGAAUAACUGGCCUCUUGCGACACUGAAUAUGAACAACUGCAACAACACAGAUGACAAAAAGGAUGACAGGGAAAUAAAAAAAGAUGAUAAGAAAGAAGAACCAAAAAAGGACGAGAAGAAAGAUGAAAAGAAAGAGGAGAAAAAAGACGAGAAGAAAGACGAAAAGAAGGGUGAGAAAAAAGAUGAAAAGAAAGAUGAGAAAAAAGAUGAGAAGAAGGAUGAGAAAAAAGAUGAUAAAAAGAAGGAAGAGGAGAAACCAAAACAGGUUUGGAUCAUGGAUCCAGCGACAGAUAUGUACUAUCACUGGCUAACCAUUGUAGCAAUGCCUGUCUUCUACAACCUAAUGAUGCUUGUUACCAGAGCCUGUUUUAAUGAACUGCAGGAUGAUUACACCAUCUUAUGGAUAGUUCUAGACUAUUCAUCCGAUGCCAUCUACUACAUUGACACAUUUGUGAGAUCAAGGACAGGUUUCCUGGAGCAGGGCUUACUAGUGAGAGAGUCUAAGAAGCUGUGGGAACACUACAAAAAGUCACCACAAUUCAGAUUUGACAUCUUCUCCAUGAUCCCGACAGACAUAUUAAUGCUAAAAGUGGGCUACAAUAAUCCCGAACUAAGAUUCAACCGGCUUUUCAGAAUGGCUCGUCUGUUUGAGUUCUUCGACCGCACAGAAACCAGAACCAACUUCCCCAACAUCUUCCGAAUCAGCAAUCUCGUCCUGUACAUCCUUAUCAUCAUCCACUGGAACGGCUGCAUCUUUUUCGCCAUCUCAAAAACGAUCGGUUUUGGCUCAGACACUUGGGUUUACCCCAACAUCAGCGACCCUGAAUUUGGCCGUCUUGCCAGGAAAUACAUCUACUGCCUGUACUGGUCCACUCUCACGCUCACCACCAUUGGAGAGACGCCGCCGCCUGUCCGAGACGUUGAGUAUCUAUUUGUCGUUUCUGAUUUCCUCAUCGGCGUGCUUAUUUUCGCCACCAUCGUCGGUAACGUCGGUGCCAUGAUUUCCAACAUGAAUGCAUCCCGUGCAGAAUUCCAGGCCAAGAUUGACUCCAUCAAGCAGUACAUGCAAUUCCGAAAGGUCACUAAAGAUUUGGAGGCCCGUGUCGUGAAGUGGUUUGACUAUCUUUGGACCGAACAGAAGACCUGCGAUGAAAAGGAAGUGCUCAAGAACCUCCCAGACAAGCUCAAGGCGGAGAUUGCCAUCAACGUGCAUCUGGAAACCCUUAGGAAGGUGCGUAUCUUCCAGGACUGUGAAGCGGGUCUUCUUAUUGAGCUCGUCCUUAAACUUCAACCACAGGUUUUCAGUCCAGGCGACUACAUUUGCAAGAAGGGAGACAUCGGGCGAGAAAUGUACAUUAUUAAAGAAGGCAAACUAGCUGUGGUGGCGGAUGAUGGCGUCACGCAGUUUGUGGUGCUCGGCGACGGCGCUUACUUCGGUGAGAUCAGCAUCCUCGGCAUCAAAGGCAGUAAAGCCGGAAACCGUAGGACUGCUAACAUACGUAGCGUGGGAUACUCCGAUCUGUUCGCGCUUUCGAAAGAUGACUUAAUGGAGGCGCUAACCGAGUACCCAGAAGCCAAAAUGGCGCUGGAGGAGAAAGGUAGGGCUAUUCUGAUGAAAGACAAUCUCAUUGACAUGGCUGCGGCCAAUGCUGGUGCAGACCCGAAGGACCUGGAGGAAAAGGUCAGCGUCCUGGAGACCAAUCUAGACGUGAUGCAAACCAAAUUUGCUCGUCUUAUGGCAGAUUGGACAUCCAGCCAGAACAAGAUCAAACAAAGGAUCGCCAACAUGGAGGCCCGAGUGAAGACUCUUAGGGAGGAGGAUUUGUCAGAGGUCGUGGAGGAUAAGAAGGACAAAUAGUUCUACACCAAAAUAGACUAACUUCGCACUACGUCUCUGGAUUAUGAUUACACAUUCACCCAUAUAGAGGAAUCUGGCAUCAUUUGAGAGGAAUUGCUUGAUCUCAAAGUAGUACAGCAGCAACAUGUACUAUUUAUAGAUGAUUCAGUCAGAGACUUGGCAGUUCACAAGACUUAAACCUAAUUUGUGAAGGCACGUAAACAAUGACAGAUCAGACCGUUUCAGCCUCGCUAAUGCAGGGUUGUUUUGAAUUCAUUUCAGACGACAAUGCACCAAGAACAUCUUUCUGUUUUUGGACGUUUUGGUUUCUGGUGUUGUCGCUGUUAGGUAUUGCAGUGUCUGAAUAUCAGGUAGUGUGAUUCCUAAACUGAUUUUUAGGAGGGAUAUUGUGCAGCUAUACUCUCUGUGAGAUGUCAUGCUGUAAGUGGUUUUGAAGCAGCAUUGGUCAAAACGCACAAUAUCCUUCAAUUUUGUUGCAAUUUUCUAAUGACUUCUCAGGAAUAGCUCCUAAGCUUUGUCUGCAAUAUCAUUAAAGGAAUAGUUCACCCAAAAAUAAAAAUGACCCCAUGAAUGAUUCACUCUCAAGCCAUCCUAGGUGUAUAUGACUUUUUUCUAGGGCUGCCCCCUAAUAGUUGACUAACCGUUAGUUGACGGGGAGAGGCUUGGUCAACCAGAAUUUUAUUAGUUGAUUAGUCGCAGAAAAAAAAUUCCACAUGAAAUGACGAAGUCACGCAGUCCGUGACAGACAGAUCCUUAAUGGCUGAUCUAUGUAUGCUAUGUAGGCAAUUAAAGGCAAUUAAUAAAUGGGCGACUAAUGCUUAAAAUGAAAGACUACUAGUCGAACCAAAAAAGAAGUCUUUAGUCGAGGGCAGCCCUAUUUUCUUCUUUCAGAUGAAUACAGUUGGCGCUAUAUUAAAAAAAUGUUCUGGCUCUUCCAAGCUUUAUAAUGGUAGUGAAUGGGUGUUGAGAUUUUGAAGCACAAAAAAGUGCAUCCAUCCAUCAUAAAAAGUACUCCACAUUGCUCCAGGGUGUUAAUAAAGGCCUUCUGAAGUAAAUCAAUGCAUUUGUGUAAAAAAAUAUCCAUAUUUAAAAUUUAUAAACUGUAAUCUCUAGUUACCGCUAACUGUUGUGUGUGUUUACACGAGAGCGGUGUUCCAGCGGAUGAUGUAGUCAUGUGAUGAACGCGGUACAGCAAUAAAGAGAGCAAAACAAAACACUGGUCAAGAAUUAGAAGUACAAAAAGAAGAAUGUCGAAGGAUUUUGAUAUAAGCCCAGAGGAGACUGGUUUUCCUUUGCUGUAAACAAAACUUGGUUCUCGCAAGACUAGCAUAUUCUCACUGGAGCUGACACUACGCCUAUAUCCUUCAUGAACGUGCAUACGGCAGUUAGCAGAAGCUAGAGAUUACAAAAUUAGUUUAUAAAGUGUUAAAAAUGGAUCCUUUUCUUACACAAACACUCCAUAAGGCCUUUAUUAACCCCCUGGAACACUCUUUUUAUGAUGGAUGAAUGUAUUUUUUUGUGCUUCAAAAACUCAACAGCCAUUCACUGCCAUUAUAAAGCUUGAAACAGCCAGGAUAUUUUUUAAUAUAACUAAUAUAACUGUAUUCGUCUGAAAAAAGAAAGUCUUAUAUAGCUGAGAUGGCUUGAGGGUUAGUAAAUCAGUUUUUGGGUGAACUAUCCGUUUAAGCCAGCAUAAAUACCAAAGCACAACAUCCUGUAAUGUGAUAAAAUGGUUUAUUUUUGUUUAUUUUUAAUAUGAGAAUAACAUGGAGGGCCCCCCAUUUUAGUCCAUCAUGUUUGGUUCAUGUGUG